AUGUCUGUCGAAAUCAAAUCCUUUGAACUUUCCGAUCCAUUAACUGCUAGCUUGAAAGGUUUUGCAGACACUAAUCCCAAUGUUGAGUUGAUCUUGAAAGAGAAGAUCAUCUUCCGAAACACCGAAAAAGACAAGGUAGCUUUAAUUUCUGGUGGCGGUUGCGGUCACGAGCCUACCCAUGCUGGUUUUGUCGGUAAAGGAUGUUUGAGUGCUGCUGUAUGUGGUGAUAUCUUUGCAUCUCCAUCAACCAAACAGAUCUUAAAUGCUAUUAAAAUUGUUUCGAAGAACAGUAACGGAGUUCUAUUAAUUGUUAAGAACUAUACGGGCGAUGUAUUACAUUUCGGUUUGGCUGCUGAAAGGGCCAGAGCCCUUGGAAUUAAUUGCUCUGUUGCUGUUAUUGGAGAUGACGUUGCUGUUGGUCGUAACAAAGGUGGGUUAGUCGGUAGAAGAGCUCUAGCAGGAACUACCUUGGUUCAUAAAAUUGUCGGUGCAUUUGCUGAGAAGUAUUCAGGCAAGUAUGGUCUCGAUGGUGUCAGCAAGGUAGCUCAAGUCAUCAAUGAAAAUCUAGUUACGAUUGGCUCAUCAUUAGAUCAUUGUAAGGUACCAGGAAGACCAUUUGAGACGGAAUUAAAUGAAAAGCAAAUGGAAGUCGGUAUGGGUAUCCAUAAUGAACCAGGUGUUCAAGUCUUGGACAGCAUUCCACCUUUGGAGCAGUUGAUUGAGAAAUAUAUGCUACCCAAGUUACUUGAUUCAGAGGAUGAAGACAGACAUUUUGUAUCUUUUGAUAAAAAAGACGAGGUAGUUCUCCUUGUCAACAAUUUAGGUGGUGUGUCUAACUUCAUCUUAACUGCCAUCGUUGAUAUCACGAAAUCUUUUUUACAAAAGAAUUAUGACAUUACUCCAGUUCAAAGUAUUUGCGGAACUUUAAUGACAUCUUUCAAUGGAAAUGGAUUCAGUAUCACGUUGUUCAAUGCGUCAAAGUCAUCUGGAGCUAUCAAGAAGGAGUUCAGCGAAGUAAAAUCUGUGCUUGACUUAUUAAACGACCAUACAGAGGCGCCAGCAUGGCCAAUAAAAGAUGUCGAAAUGGGUAAAUCUCCUACAUAUGACGAGGGUAUUCUCGAGGAUGUUAUUGACGUUAAAAAGGCUGGAACAUACGACUUCGAGAAAUUAUCGGAGCUGUUGAAGGCAGGUGCCGAUCAAUUGAUUAAAAGUGAACCUCAUAUUACACAUUUGGAUAACCAAGUUGGUGACGGUGACUGUGGUUAUACGUUAGUAGCUGGCGCUAAGGCAAUCACUGAAAACUUGGAUAAAAUAUCCUCCAAGUAUUUGUCUCAGACCCUUGCAGAAAUUUCUGAUCAUAUUGAAUCCGCAAUGGGUGGUACAUCCGGUGGUUUGUACUCUAUAUUCAUUUCGGGCCUUUCAAAAGGAAUUAUUGAACAAUGCGGAGAAAAUGAUGCGGUGGACAAAGAAGCCUUCGCCAAAUCGCUAGAAGUUGCAUACGAGACAUUGUGUAAAUAUACUAGAGCUAGGCCAGGUGAUUCUACUAUGAUCGAUGCCUUGGAGCCAUUCGUGAAAGAGUUUAGUUCAACUCAGGACUUCCAUAAGGCCUUUUCCAAGGCGGAAGGAGGUGCAGAAUCUACAGGAAACUUAGAAGCCAAGUUCGGCCGUGCAUCUUACGUGGAAGACACUGAAGCAAUUCCGGACCCAGGAGCUAUCGGUUUGGUCGAAUUCCUCAGGGGUGUUGAUUCCAAAUUGUAG